AUGAGGUGGGUAAAGCUUAAGAAAUUCUCAGAUGCUUCAUACGAGGAUAUAGUUAAUUUUAGAGGCAGGUUUUAUGUAACCACUCUGAAUAAGGAUGUUUUCGUUAUCGAUCCUUAUUCGCUAGACGAGAUUCCCUUGAUGCCUUUGCAGCCACUUCGCUCGGUAAAGUAUCUGGUUCCAUCUGGAAAUGAUGAUGAACUUUUCCUGGUUGAGAAAAUCCUCCCUUCUAGGGGUGUGUUGGAUUUUAGUCGGUUGGCAUGUAGAGUGAGUAAGCUAAAUGAUGAGGCUGGUACAUGGGUUGAGGUCAGCGAUGUAGGAGGUCGUGUGUUGUUUAUUGGAUAUCUUGGAAACGUCUCAUGCUGUGCUAAGGAGCUUCCUGAUGGUUGUGGUCUGAGUGGGGACUCAUUGUUGUUCACCGGUGGGCCAGGAAAUGUAACUUAUUUUUAUAAAUAUUGA